AUGUCUCAGAGAAAAGAGGUGACCAAUCAAUCACGAUGUGGGGUAGAAUCUUCUAAAAAUAACAAAAACAACAACUACUGCCUUUCAUCAUAUAACCCCAUCUUCUCUGUUUCUAUAGGGUUAAAAUCUGCCUGCCAACCUAAAAAAGCAGAGAAAGACCAGAGUGAAGCUCUGCGUCUUACUGAAGAUGGUGCUGCACAGAAGUUGCCCCCUGGUGGUCUCAAUGCUGAAACUGCAAAAGAGAGGACUGUGUGUGGGGCCCAGAGGCAGAAGAAGACUCGGCAUACGCAGGACCUUACUGAAAGGAUCCGGCGUCCGCCAGGGCCUGUGGAUCAACAGCACGAACACACACUGCCCCUGGAGAACCGCCCUGCCUCUUUCCCUCUCUCCGCUGAUGUCUUCGAAGAUGACAUUUCCUCCUGCCCCUCCUCCUCGCCUACUGAGCAUCAUGGCGUUCAUCAAUCAACAGCCUUUUCUUCAUUGCCAGGGCUCUCAGGUGACCAAUUACUGAGUGACUUCUCAGCUGUGGGCCGACCCCUGGUCCACAGCCCUGGACAUGCACAGUCUGGUUUGGCAUUGCUCCCGGCAACCGAGGGCAUUCGACAACCCAUGAGUGUAACACUUUGUGAAUCAAACGGCAUGGCAACACCUGGGAGACCGAAUGGGAUGUAUCUGACCUCUCAGACCACACCCCUGCUGCCAAAGACAGCUCAGCCUCUAAGCCCCACCUGCGCCUCCUCACUGCCCACCUCCCUCAACUUCAACCAUCUUCCCCGCCCACGGAAACCGCGGGACACCAAACCCAAAAUGAGGAAACUCAAAUAUCACCAGUACAUUCCUCCAGACCAGAGAGGAGGGUCUGGGACUGGAGGAGGAACCAAACAGAAGAGCCCGGCUCCUAGCCAGUCCUUAGACCCAGCCUACUCCCAUCUACUGAAACAGCAGCAGGUCUUCCUGCAGCUGCAAAUCCUCCAGAACCAGCAACAACAGCAACAGCAACAGCAGCAUCAGCAGCAACAGCAGCUCACUGUUGUGCCCAGUGAUCACAAUGAUCUUGUGAAGUCUUCUGGAGCCAUGCCACUGAAUCCCCAACCUGUUCCCGCCACAACAAACCACACCCCUACAGACACAAACCCUGCUUCCAAGCCUGAGCUUCUCCCUGCAAAUCUCGUUGAUCUAACAGUGUCAGAGUUACGGCAGCAGCUGCGAAAGCGUGGCCUCCCCGUCUCCGGCACAAAGCCCACUCUGUUGCAGCGUCUCCGCCCGUUCCAGAUUCCUCACUCCUGCCUCACCCCUGCUCCCCUCUGCCAGCUGGGUACCAGCCUGGAGCCUCUCACCCCUACUGCCCUGUUGCCAUCCAGCCAGAGCCCCGGCUCCAGCUCCAGCUCGGGACUAGACUCCCCCAGCAGAAGCCCGAAUCAACAGAUGUACAUCCCGGACAGAGGAGUCCCUAAUGGGAUUCUCAGUGACGCUCAAAAUGGAAUUCUGAACAAUAUGCCACAUGGUUUCUCGAAUGCUUCAGUCAGUUUGGCAGGUGAACAAUGUCUUUCCAACGCUGUCUUCAUGGCUCCUGCCAGCACCGCCUCAGGAACUCCAAGUCCCAGUCUCCCCAUGUCGUCGUCCUCGCCCCUGCAGUGUGGGACCCCCUGGAGAAAUGAGAACGAUCAGCAGCAGCAGCAGCAGCAGGAGCUGAGCGUGGAGCUGGAGAUGAGGGAGAGGUUACGGAGCAGGCCUAGGGACCGCACCACCAGCUCUGGCAAUGAGUCUUGUGGGGGAUCCCUUCAUCCGUUCCUGCAACAGGAUCCUGGAUGCUCCAGAGGGAAGCCAGAAACAGACGCACAGACGGAGGUGUUGUUUACACAGGUGUUUUGCUGCCAACCGUGUGAUGUGAUUGGCCAGGAUUUUGAGCUGCCAGUGCAGAUUACAGCGAGUCCAGUUCAGACCUUGCCCAGUGUUCGCAGCUUGGACGAAGAACUACAGGAGGCGAUCCAGAAAGCGCAGAUGGACCCUCGGCAGUCCAUAGAUGACAUUCUUGAUGAGCCCAUAGCUUGUGUUGGCUCUGUUAAUGUCUGUGAUCAUAAAUCCCCCGCUCACUCAGUCCCGGGCCCUUCGCCGCCUCCUCCUCAGACGGAUCAGUGCCAGGCCUCCCAGCAGCACAGGGAUGACAGCUUCCUGCCCUCACCUCUUUGCUCUUCUCUCUUACUGGAACUCCCUCCAUCUCCAGCUGUAAUAAAUCCCAGCCAGGUGAACCCAGCUCCUCGCCCGCCUCCCAUUUGUACUUCCCCUCUGCCGUCCACUGGGAAGUCACGGAAACGACGGGCUCCGACAUCAUUUGACGCUGCUGACUGGCUUGAAACACUGACGUCUGGCCUCCGCCCUCUUACACCCCCGACAGCUCCUUUUGUUGAGUCUGACUUCAGUCUAGAUUCAGAUCUGAAUGUCAGUCGAGUGUUGGAUCUAAUGAUAGAGCAGUGGUGAGGAAUUCUGUGUGCAUAACUGUUUGUAUCUACUGUAUGUGAGCGUUUUUUGAUGGUUGUGAAUGGGGCAGCAUGCAUCCCACUGAGGGCACAAGAUUGUGAAUAGCCUCCAUCAUUGAAAGGCUGUCAGAGUCACUGGCUCCACGCAAUGUCGAGAGCUGGAUUCAUUGCAGCGAAGAGAUUAAACAUGGCUUUGAUGGGGCAAAGAGAGCACAAACACAAGCACACACAUAGACACUGCAGAGUGCUGUUUAAAAGCACUUGGGCUCAGCCAGAAAUGGCAAACAAACAACACAUCUGUGGACUGACACACUCCACAGCACAAUGUUUGCAGUGCUAAACAAAAGAAAACCUGGUGGCAUAUUAAUUUAAACAUGCUUCCUUGAUGCGCUGGGAGAAUGUUGUUUCUGACUUAUCUCCAAAACCUGUUGUCGUAUUGGGUCGAGUGUGGCCCCUGGUGUUGACUCAGUCAUUGAGUCCUAGCCAUUCAUAAAGCCCAUUUAGAGUGUGUAAAAGCCAGACAGAGCACACAGCUUGUGUGUGGCUCCAGACCUUAACCCCGGUGCCAGACACACAGUCGGCAUGCAGAGGGAGCAAGCUGGCACAAGCUGCAAACUAGCAGUGUGUGUGUGGUGCUCAUGCGUACGUGCAAGUGUGUGUGAAAGCUUAUGUGUUGAGUAUGUGUGUGUUCAAUAUGUCUGACUGUGUGUGACUGAGCACACAAGGCUGCUUCUGUUUUAUACGUGUCAACACCCAACUGCUUCCAUGUAAAUUUCAACGCCAAAUGCACUUGUAGUUAUUUGUUUGCUUAUAAUUAAGUGUGCCUGUUUGUGUGUGUAAUAAGAUUGAACGGUGAGAGGAUACAUGUGGAAGACAGAGAAAAAAAAAAGCUUUGGCUUUCUAUGUCCAUAUUUCAGACCAGACAUUUCAUUGUAGGCUCAUUGCCAGCGGGCAGCAACUCCAGUGUCGUUAUCCAGUGUAAUCAUCAGCACAGCCACAUUACCUUGUUCAAGUCACUGUUCUCAAGGAGAGCAAUCAGGCAACCACCCCAAAAAUAGUGCCCAUACAAAUGCUCCAAUCAGAGGGACCUUUCCUCAUCGCUUUGCAAAAACAGGUGGUCAUUUUGUUCCCUGAUUAACCCCCAACCGUGUCUGGCCCGCUGCACAGUGCUUACCCGGCGACUAGAAAAGCACAAUUUAGCACAAUUUAUAACCCAACCCCAAGGCCACACCUGUUCACUUAGUUUUAUUUAUUUAUUAUUAAUUCCAUACGUAUUAUUUGACAUUGUUAAAUCUUUGCUGUAUAUUUCAAUCUACAAAAACGACCAUUUAUAUUUAAUGAAAAUGCACUGUAGAAUUAGCAGACAAUAAUAUAUUUGGAGAAGCUUCUUAAUGAUGACAGAAAUUUUGCUUUUUAUCCUGCAUGAUUUACUGGUCGUACAGAAACGGGCACAUUAUUUGUUUGCAUAAUACACUUUCAGUGAGUUAUGAUUCCAUUCUCAACCCCGCUUAACAUCAUGAAGAAUAAAGUCUGAUGGGGGUAAACUGCCAUUAACCUCUGUCGAACAUUUGUAUUGUUUCUUAACUAACUGGACGUCUUUCUGAAAGACCACUUUUUUUUUUAAAUCCCUAAGCCUGGUCCCCUUCUCAGUCUCCAAAGUAUUGUGUUAAAAAUAAAGGUUAAGUCCUGAGUGCAAUAUGAUUUGUGUAAAGGGCACAUAAACUGGCAGAUAUGAGGUCAUCAUGUCAUGUUUUUUGUAUGCAAAUGUUUCAGUGUUGCUGCCGGUCUGUUCCUUGUUCUGAUAAUGAACCGGUGUCUUACUAAGCAAGACAGCCAUCGUAAAUGAUUGGAACAAGAUGUCUGUGCAUUGGCAAACUUUCAACACACAGCUCUAUGUUGAAGGGAUUCUUGUACAGCUUUAACUACAGCGACUAUGAAAAAUGCAGUAGAAUGUCGAUCGAUUGCUAUGAUAAUCAUAGCGAUCAAUAGACAUUGCCUGCUGCAUGAAUAAAAAAAGGAAAGAAAAAUGAUUGGCAGGAGAGUAAGAUGCUACCUCCUGUGACUUCCACUGCUUUACGGCCGACACCAGUGUUUACCUUGUUGCUUAUUUAAUUUCCAAACACUGGUGCAGAGUUUCCUGGAACACGCCUGAGAUAGUUUCACUUGACUUAAACGCAGGUCAAAUUCUUCUGUUUCGAUCUAGGUUUUAAUCUGUCCUGUUUGAAGCUGGUUAGGACAGAUGUCAACUGGAAAUACUAUUUCAGGUUAAUGAAACUCUGUUGGCAAUGUCUGCUGCUAUAAAUGUGAAAAUGUGAAAGAAAGUAAAAUAUGUUUGCUUUAUUUAUUAUGUAAAUUAUUCAUGUAAAAGAUAUCAACCACUGUCCAAAAUUGUAUUUAAAAGCAAUAAGAAAAUUAAAGUCUUAAU